AGGCAGGCAGGAAGGAAGGCUGCAAGGCUGCGUUCUCGCCCGGUUCCUUGCUUCCCGGGCCGGAGGAAAUCUGUAAUGGAGUGGUUCUUCGUCUCCCACUAACAAGAUGCCUGAUAAUCCUCAGGAUCGAGGGAUUGAAUAAUGUCCCGGGUUCCACUGGGGAAAGUCCUCCUGAGGAAUGUCAUCCGACAUACAGAUGCACAUAAUAAGAUCCAGGAAGAAUCAGAUAUGUGGAAAAUAAGAGAACUGGAGAAACAAAUGGAAGAUGCAUACCGGAGACCCAAAAGGAAAACGUUACCCAGUAGCUCAAGCCGAAUGCGUAGUGACGGCUUUGAUGAAGAAAGUCAGAGAGACUAUUGGAGGCCAAAUAAUGACAUUUCUGGGACAAUGGAAGAUGAUUUUCUUAAGACUAAAUCCUGGAAUAAGAGGUUAUAUGAUUGUGAAUCUAACAUGCCAGACAGAUGGGGUCACAGUGGUUAUAAAGAGUUAUACCCUGAAGAAUUCGAAACAGACAGCAGUGACCAGCAAGAUAUUACCAAUGGGGAAAAAACAUCUCCCCAGGUAAAAUCAUCUACUCAUGAAUCUCACAGACACAAGAAAUCAAAGAAAUCUCACAAAAAAAAGCAAAAAAAGAAGUCACAUAAAAAACAGAAGAAAAGCAAGAAGGAAGCCACAGAUACAAUUGCAGAAACUUCAAGUGAAUGCUCCGAAGAAACUGGGGCUUCUAGUACCAGGAAAAGAAAGCAGUCACAUAAACGUAAGAAAAAGUCCAGGAAAAAGUCUCUCAAAAAGUCUGCUCUGUGCUUAGAAACAGAAAGUGACUCAGAUUCCCAGUCAGAUGAUGCAUCUAGCAGCUCUGAGGAAAGAGACACUAAGAAAACCAAAAGGAAAAAGAAAGAGAAAAAAGUUCAUAUCCCUGUCAUUAACAAUGAAAUGCAGGAGAGGACAAACAGACGCACAAAUUGGAAGGUGGCGACAGAUGAAAGGUCAGAUGAGAGUUCCGAAGAUGACUGAGCAAGAAAAGUGUUUAUAUUUCCCCUGGAUUUGGUGUGUUUACAGCCUACAUUUUGGGGGUUUGCCAGUGACUCAGCACGUGGUACCUGAGGUUAGAGGUAUCCUGUGCUGUUCGUUUUGAUAGACUUCUAUUUUCGCCUGUUAAACUUGAUCUUUAUUGUUAAUAGGGAAUCUUGUAUUUUGUUAUGAAGGUUUCUUGAAGAGAUUAUUUUUUGCAGUUAAUCACAUGUAGUGGAGUGCAUAUACAACUAAAUUAAAAGAUCCAGAAAGCUGAAUCUUGAUAAUGACCUGGGUAGGUCACUCACAACAUUGAAUUUGGGGAAAACAAGGAGCUAGAGGUAGAACAAUAGGACUGGAGUGAUAGCAUAUUGGGUAGGGCAUUUGCAUUGCACAUGGCCUACUUGGCAUCCCAUAUAGUCCCUGGAGCCUGCCAGGAGUGAUUUCUGAGCUGAAAGUCAGGAGUAACUGAGUGCCACUGGGUAUGGCCCCAAAACAAAAAAAA